UCUCUCUCUCUCUCUACCCAUAGUUUCUCUCACUAGAACCGAACCUUUAUUUCAAUUCAAAAAUCAUAUCUCCCUACUGCAACCGUACUUGGUGCAAGCUGUAAAUGAACGUAAUGUGUACAGGACCAUUUGUACAAUACCUCUCUGUAAUAACAACACCCUCCCCCCAUUCUUCACAUUUUUUAUUACUCUUUUAUUAAUUCUUCUUUCCACCAUUUUAAUUUUUCCUUGUAUUAAUUUCUUCCUCUUCAUCUCUUCCUCAUCCUCAUUUUCAUUCAAAAUGAAGUUUUUGUAGUUUUCUCUGUCACUAUUUGCCACCCCCACCCCCCACCCCACCCCCCCUUGUCUCCUACCUUUGUUUCUUGGUCUUUUUAACUCAGCUGAAAGCAAUUAAAGAUUCAAUUUUUAAGCCCUUAAUCAGCAUCUCACACAUUUUGCUUCACACGGGUUUGCUUGUAAUUAUUCCUGAGCAGAGUUUCCCUCUGAGUUUUAUCUGCUCAGGGAAAAAAAAUUGGAUCUUGAAUUCCAAAAAAAAAAAAAGAACAGAUAUUUUUUUUUUUUUUUUUUUUUUGUGAUAUUGAGAAAUGGCUCCAUCGCUGUACUGGUGGGCGAAGGAAAACCACCGGGGAACGCCGGUGGUAGUGAAAAUGGAGAACCCAAACAACUGGUCCAUGGUGGAGCUGGAAUCCCCCUCCGACGAGGACUUCCUCUACCAAAACGACGGCGUUCCGAAAGGCGGCCGCAACAAGAACGCCAAGCAGCUCACUUGGGUCAUCCUCUUGAAAGCCCACAAGGCCGCCGGCUGCCUCACCUCCAUCGCCUCCGCAUUCCUCUCCCUCUCCUCCAUCGUCCGCCGCCGCAUCGCCUCCGGCCGCGUCGACUCCACCGACACCUCUUCGUCGGAGAACCCCGCCGUCAAAUCAAGAUUCUACACCAGCAUCAAGGUCUUCCUCUCCCUCUCCCUCCUCCUCCUCUGCUUCGAAAUCGCCGCCUACUUCAAAGGCUGGCACUUUGAAACCCCGGAUCUCCACCUCCACCGCCUCUACUCCCUGACGAGCGGCUUCGCCGCCAGGGAUGCGUUCGGCCUCCUCUACUCGAAAUGGGUUCUGAUCAGGGCGGAGUAUCUCGCUCCGCCGCUUCAAUUCUUGGCAAAUGCUUGCAUCCUCCUCUUCCUUAUCCAGAGCCUGGAUAGAUUAGUCCUCUGUUUGGGUUGCUUCUGGAUUAAAUUCUGGAAUAUCAAACCCGUUCCCAAACAAGACCUUACCGAUCUCGAAUCCGGCGACUCCGGCGGCUAUUUCCCGAUGGUGUUAGUUCAGAUCCCAAUGUGCAACGAAAAAGAGGUUUAUCAACAAUCGAUUGCGGCGGUGUGUAAUUUGGAUUGGCCGAAGGGGAGAAUGCUGAUUCAAAUCUUGGAUGAUUCGAGCGAUCCCGAAACUCAAUCGCUCAUCAAAGAAGAAGUUCAUAAAUGGCAGCAAAAUGAUGCCAACAUUAUAUACCGGCACAGAGUUAUGAGAGAUGGUUACAAAGCCGGCAAUCUGAAAUCGGCAAUGAACUGCAGCUACGUUAAAGAUUACGAAUUCGUCGCUAUUUUCGACGCCGAUUUCCAGCCCAACCCUGAUUUCCUCACUAAAACUGUUCCUCACUUCAAGGAUAACGAGGAAGUAGGGUUGGUCCAGGCGAGAUGGUCGUUUGUGAACAAGGAUGAGAAUCUACUAACAAGAUUGCAGCUCAUUAAUUUGGCUUUCCAUUUCGAAGUUGAGCAGCAAGUCAACGGACACUUCAUCGACUUUUUCGGAUUCAACGGGACAGCUGGCGUGUGGAGGAUAAAGGCUCUGGAAGAUUCCGGUGGUUGGUUGGAGAGAACCACCGUUGAGGAUAUGGACAUUGCUGUACGAGCCCAUCUUCACGGUUGGAAAUUCGUCUUCCUAAAUGAUGUUGAGUGCCAAUGUGAAUUACCGGAAUCUUACGAAGCUUAUCGUAAGCAACAACAUAGGUGGCAUUCCGGGCCGAUGCAGCUGUUCCGUCUCUGUUUGCCCGCCAUUAUCAAAUCAAAGAUAAGCAUAUGGAAGAAAGCGAACAUGAUAUUCCUCUUCUUCCUUCUCCGAAAACUCAUACUCCCGUUCUACUCGUUCACACUCUUCUGCAUAAUCCUACCCAUGACCAUGUUCAUACCCGAAGCAACCCUCCCCUCGUGGGUCGUCUGCUACGUACCCGUAACAAUGUCGUUUCUAAGCUUACUCCCCGCUCCGAAAUCGUUCCCCUUCAUAGUCCCGUACCUUCUCUUCGAAAACACAAUGUCCGUCACUAAAUUCAACGCCAUGAUUUCCGGCCUAUUCCAAUUAGGAAGCGCCUACGAGUGGGUCGUGACAAAAAAAUCCGGAAGGUCCUCAGAGGGCGACCUGGCGUCGUUGGUCGAGAAGCCGACGCGCGGCGGGACCCACCAGAGGGGCGGGUCGGAGCCGAAUUUGGAGGAGGUUAAGUUGCUGAUGGAGAAAGAAUUGGCUAAGGAGAAGACGAAGAAGAAGCAUAAUCGGAUUUAUACGAAGGAGUUGGCUUUGGCUUUCUUGCUUCUGACUGCUGCUGUGAGGAGUCUUUUGUCGGCGCAGGGUAUACAUUUUUACUUCCUGCUGUUUCAGGGGAUUUCGUUCUUGCUCGUUGGCUUGGAUUUGAUCGGUGAACAGGUGGAGUGAUUAGUUUUUUUUUUAUAAUAGGUUUGUUAAUUAAUUAGGGGCGAUUUGAACGGGGGGUUUCGAAAACUCCGUUUUUGGAAUAUGUUAAUAGAUGGGUUUAGGCGAAAACGGAAACGGAAAAGCACGGUUAUUGAUAAAGAGGAAAAAAAACGACGCGUCGUGUUUUUUUUCCAGAAUAUGGCACCUUCAGCAAAGAAUGGUGAUGAUGAUGAUGUUCAUUAUUACUACAUAUUGUUUUUAGUUUUAUUUUAUUUUAUUUUAUUUUUUUAUUUUUAUUCUUUUGUAAGAAAAAUGGGUUUGGUGAAAAUUCCAACGAAGAGUUUAUAUUCAAUUUAUUCAUA